AUGUCAACAACACUCCCUUCUGAGCCCGUUUCGCCGAAAGCUACUCCGCUGCCUCCGCUCCCAGCUGAGGAUCCGCUCACGCCUCAACAAUGGAAGACGCUACUUGCUAUCACGGAUGCGGUCAUCCCAGCAAUCAAGCCCAUCUCCACGGCGAGGACGCAGACUGAACUCGCCGCAACCGACACCGACUACUCGACUGCAGUCAGCAAGCUGAGGGCUCUAGCGCCCGGAAACGACCCUGAUGCGGAGACGGCGGUGAAGGAGUAUCUCGACGACUAUGCGAGUCAGGAUCCGGCGUUUCGAGCGGAGCUGCAGCGCGUCUUCGCCAUGUACAUGCCGCAGAACCAGAGAAAGGACUUGUGCAUGGUGUUGAAUGUCCUCAACACGCGGGCGGGGUCACUGGCUUUGACGGGCUAUCUCACGCCAAUCAGCGAGCAACCCGCUCAUGUAAGGGAGUCGAUUAUCCAGGGCUGGGCUACCGCGCGGUUGGGACCGCUUCGCCAACUGCGCCGCUCGUUGGUGAUUAUCACUAAGCAGGCUUGGAUCAAGACGUCGCCUUCGCUGAGACGCGUAAUAGGUGCUCCACGUGUGCCUGUUGGUAUGAGACCUGGGAAGGGAUUUGACUACGAGUUCAUUCAGAUACCUCCAGGUGACGAGCCUGAGAUUAUUGAGACAGAUGUGGUAGUUGUGGGUAGUGGAUGUGGUGCUGGCGUGACGGCGAAGAACCUCGCUGAAGCCGGCCAUCGUGUGUUGAUAGUAGAAAAGGCAUAUCACUGGACGCCAGACCACUUCCCCAUGGCCGAACUAGACGGCUGGCACCACCUCUUCAUGAGCGGAUCCUUCCUGACAUCCGAUGACAGUUCAGUGAGUGUGGUAGCAGGCCAGUCCCUCGGCGGCGGAGGAACAGUAAACUGGUCUGCCUCCCUCCAAACCCAAGGCUACGUCCGCCGCGAAUGGGCAGCCCGCGGCCUCCCCUUCUUCACAUCCGCCCAAUUCCAAGAAUCGCUCGAUCGCGUCUGUGACCGGAUGGGCGUCUCAGACAAAAACAUCAAGCAAAACCGCAACAACGAGAUCCUGCUCGAAGGCGCCCGCAAACUCGGCUGGAACGCUGCGCCUGUGCCUCAAAACACCGGCGGCCAGCAACACUACUGCGGCUACUGCAACUUCGGCUGCGGCUCCUGCGAAAAGCAAGGUCCGGUUGUAUCUUUCCUCCCAGACGCCGCCCGCGCAGGAGCGAAAUUCAUCGAAGGCUUCCACGCUGAGAAAGUCAUCUUCUCGAAUAAAAGUGGCAAGCGUGUCGCAACCGGCGUGCUCGGCACCUGGACCUCACGCGACGCCCAAGGCGGCGUCUCCAGCACGCCCCUAACCACGCGCCGCGUCCUUCUAAAAGCCAAACGCGUCGUCGUCUCCGGCGGCACAAUGCAAUCCCCGCUCCUCCUCCUCCGCUCCGGCCUCACAAACCCUCAAAUCGGACGAAACCUCUACCUGCACCCCGUCACCUUCCUCGGCGCCUACCACGCCGAAGAGAUCAAACCAUGGGAAGGCGGCAUCCUCACGUCCGUCGUCUCCGAGUUCGAAAACAUGGACAACGCAGGCCACGGCGUCAAGCUCGAAGCUACGAACAUGGUUCCCUCGGCGUGUCUGAUGUGGGUGGACUGGAAGUCUGCGAUGCAGUAUAAGAUUGAUGCUGCGAAGCUGAAACACAUGGUUGGGUAUAUUAGCAUUGCGCGGGAUAGGGAUACGGGGCGUGUGUAUCCGGAUCCGGUGGAUGGACGGUGCAGGUUCUCGUAUCAGACGAGUAACUAUGAUAAGAGACAUGUGCUCGAGGGCGUUAUUGCGCUGGCGAAGAUACAGUACGUGGAAGGUGCGAGUGAAAUUUUCACGGUUAUACCCAACAUGCGGCCGUUUAUCCGCGACCCGGCGGUAUCGUCUGGAGAUGGCAUCAACGACCCUGCGUUUGUGGCUUGGCUCGAUGAGAUUCGGCAUAAGGGGCUGCCGUCGCCCGAGACUGUGUAUGUGUCUGCGCAUCAGAUGGGUACUUGUCGGAUGAGUGCAAAGGAGAGAGAUGGUGUUGUGGAUCCCAAGGGCAAGGUCUGGGGCACUGAGGGCCUCUACGUUGCGGAUGCGAGUGUGUUUCCUAGUGCGAGUGGGGUUAAUCCCAUGGUCACGAAUAUGGCGAUUAGUGAUUAUAUUAGUCGGGGGAUUAUGGCUGGGUUGGAGGUCAGGGAGUCGGCGAGGUUGUAG